AUGUACAACGCACUGCUUCCGAAUGUGUCUGCAGAAAAGUGUGCUCUUCCUCUGGCAGGAGCUAUAGCAUUAGGAAUGGCGGCCAAUAUUACUUACAAAAUCUUCAUGUGGGCCCAACAGAAGCUAAAAACGCAAGAUUUCUGGUGCCACCCAGACUAUCAAAAAAUACCAAGUCCAUCAAAGAAAUAUCCAUAUUUUGGGCACAUGCUAUCUCUGAAAGAUACACCAGGAUUACAACUCCAAACAUGGCACCGAAAUCUUGGCCCCAUCAUACGCCUCAACAUGGGUGUUCAACAUUGGGUUAUAAUCAAUGACCCUACGAUUGCUCACGAGCUGUUUUCUCGGAACGGGAUAAAGACAUCUGACAGACAGAAGCACAAAUUUACAUAUGAUAUGUACAGUAAAGGUGGAAGGGGUAUUCCAUUCAACAAGACCAGUAAAAAAUGGAAGAACGCACGCAAUAUUGCAAUUUCAAUAUUAUCCCCAAAAUAUGUUGAAAGCUUUACAAAAGUACUCGAUACCAUCAUUGACAAGGCAAUCAAACAAUUGGAGGACGAAACGGAGAAAAACGGAUCGGUCUCUCCUAUGCACAGUUUGAAAGUCGUAACAUUUAGCGCUAUGCUCAGAUCACUACUCGGGGGGUCAGCCAAAUUUAUUGCUAGCGAGACUCUUGACGACAUAAUCAAAACAACAGAAGUAAUGUUUACAUAUUCUGGGCCAGAAGGUGACAUCGAUUCCUUUGUUCCACAACUUGCUUGGAUCAACAAACGUUCAAAGCACAGAGAGGAAGCGGAGGCAAUAAUUAACCAUCGAGAUAGUCUGUACAAGAGGUUGAUCCAGGAUGCACUAGAAGGAGAUCAGGACUGUCUUCUCAAGCACAUAUACUCACUUAGGGAUGAAUAUGAGCUGGAUGAAACCGAUCUUCUUGUCAUGACGAGUGAUUUGAUUAGUGCAGGAGGCGAUCCAACUGCAUUAUCUUUGGCAUGGCUCUUUGCGAUCUUGUCCCAAAAUCCAGGAGUUCAGAUGAAGAUGCAGUCUGAAAUCGACUCGUUUGUUGCUCGAAACGGGCGUACACCUGGAUUUUCAGAUAGAGAAGAGCUUCCAUACACAAUCUCUGUCCUGUUAGAGAACAUCCGUUUUAGAAGUGUGACAAAUUUUGGUGUACCUCAUUUGACAACCCAGGACGUCGAGUUCCUUGGCUUCUUUAUACCAAAGGACACCGUAGUAAUCAGUAGUAUGCACGCCAUGCAUAUGAACGAAAAUGUCUAUGAAAAUGCAGAUAAGUUUAUACCCGACCGGUUUUCAGGCAGCAGAAAAACUUGGUCGAUUUCAUCAAACGGAAGCUUCGAAGAACGUGAUAUGUACGCUUUUGGGUGGGGAAGGUGCAAUAUAGAACCGAUAAUUGGUUUGGACGGAAAGCCAGAAUAUGUAGAUCUGGACAGCAUUCUACCUGCAGGUGUGUUUACAAGAUGUCAUAUAUUAGCCACAAAUAUGCUGACAAUUAAAUCAGUGGAGAGCUUUCUUGUUAUGAAGCGAAAUAUUAAUGAGAUAACCUCAUCAGAAAAUGAGUUUAAUAAACCCAACUCAUGUGGUGAUUUCGAGUAUUCAGUAGCUUCCGGUGUAGAAUGGAAUAAGAUUGGUAUAGAAGAUCUAUCGUCAAUUUCUCCCAACGACCGUGUACAAUGUCUUAUUCGAGUUGCAAAUCUCUUGCCUCUAAUGACCGGGAAACAACAAAAGACUAUUUCCGAAUUGCUUAUUGAACAACUAUCAAAGGAAAUAGAUGUCGAUGUAAAGGCCAUGUUAGUUUUGUUACUAGAGAAAUUUUCUAGAUUUUUCAAUAUCAAUGCUGCCCAACUCUUGCAAAGCCUUACAAUAGAGAAAACCAAUCCAAUUGACCCGUUUGUCUGUCUACAUUUAUAUAUAUAUAAAAACAAACGUGCACAUAAGCUUAAGUCCACAUCUACAAAAGUGAAAUGUCAAUUAUACAACUGUAUCAUUAGCUUGAUCAAGGGUCGACAAGUUGUGCAUGAUAAUGAGAGCAGAAAUAUCUUAACUCAACUCCUCAAACGUGUUAUAUCAGAACUUUCUGAUCCACAUUAUAGAGUACGCGCAAUUUGUAUUCGUUUACUUUCCUUGCUACCAUUCGUAUUAGAGUUGUGGAAUAAUAGCUCAGGAUCCAUAUCAGAUACUUCUUUAGUUGUAAUCACACAACUAGAAGCACAGAAAGUGAUUAGUAGUUAUGUCUUAGACAGCGACCCAAGAGUUCGAAAGAGUGCGUUAGAUGCACUAGUUGGUAUGCAUUUGAGAGGAUCACCUUUAGACUCUUCUCUUUAUCCACUCGCAGUAAAAUCACUUCAUGACGAUUUUGAAGAAGUUCGAAUGGGUGGACUUAGACUGGUGUGGACAUUGAGUUCGCUGUAUCCAGAUCACAAAAUGAAAUUGGCUCACGAAGAAAUCCAAGAUACCGUUCGACUUAUUGAUGAUGCAUUUGUGAAACUUUGUGAUCUUGUAAACGAUUCGUCUGUCGUUGUUCGUACAAAGGCCUGUGUCAUGAUGGCAUCUUAUCAACAUGUCGAAUUUAAUGUCAUGUCCCAGACAUUCAGCAAACGUAUUAUGUCUAACUUGAGACGCAGACUUGGAUUCAGCACGUAUCGUGGUCAGAAAAGGCCUACAGUUGUUACGGAUGGAAAUUUCGAUGCUGCCUCUAGCGAGUUUAGACUUUUGGAUUCAGGAGCAUGUGGUGCUUUUGUACAUGGUCUGGAAGAUGAAUUCCAAGAAGUAAGAAGUGCUGCGAUUGAUUCAAUCUGCGAAUUGUGCAUGUACAAUGACAAACUUAUUCGUAGUGCAGUAGACUGUCUUGUAGAUAUGUUUAACGAUGAAAUUGACCGGGUUCGUAUUAACGCUAUACAAAGUCUGCGCAAGAUUGGAACACGGGAAACCCUUUCUUUCAAUGCAGAACAGCUCGAAAUUGCAGUGGGAGCAUUGGAAGAUAAUGACCCGACAGCAAGAGAAGCUACACAUGAACUUAUUAGAGUUAUUCGAAUUGACAAAGAAAGCUCGAUGCAAACAUUAUUGGAUGCUCUAAUGGCAAAUAUGAAAAGAUUUCCCGAAGACCAGCUCUCAAUAUUCCGUUGCUUACGAGAUGUUGGAAAGAGACAUGGCGAUUAUUUGGGAUCAAUGGUUCCUUCACUACUGAACCUGGAUAGACGGUACCUUCCGAGAGAACCUACAGUAGAAGAUAGUUUAUAUGCAUCCAAUGUAAUAUUGAUUGCAAACGCAUGUACAACCAACAUGAGUAUAUCCGAAAUGCUGCCAAAAUACAUCUAUCGACAUUUUGCAUAUUACCAAAGCAAAUAUCCAGACUGCAUUCCUGAUUUGAGGAAAAUGUACAAGUCUGCAAACAUUGUCUUGCAAGGAGACAUUGAUUGCUUGCCAACGAAUUUUGCAGUUACCGCACAUAAUCUGGUCACUGACGAUGUGGAAAAGUACAUGGCUGUCACCCUUGAUAUGCUCAAAACAAUUGGCCUUCAAUUAGAGCGCAAAGACUACACUGGAGCUUUAUUGACAGUCGAGGCAGCGGAUAGAAAUUUUGAAUAUAUUGCGACUUUAAAGCCAUCCCUUGCUGGAAAAUCUAAGCUGGCAAUACUUUAUCUUCAAUGCUGUGAAUUAGUGAUCAGAAUUAAGCAAAGCCACUCGUCACCAACGUAUGCUGCAACCGCGCAAAUGGCAGCAGCAUCUCUUCUUCGUCUUUCUUAUACUAUUGAACACACAUUUCUGGGACUCUCUAAAGAGACUCGCCACUCUAUUAUGUAUUUCCGUGCUCUGGCCAAUAUCACAUGGAUGUUUGGAAUGCUUAAACAGAUGCCAAUCUCAAACAAAACUCCAUUUACCAUCAAGAACAUGCUAGUGGCCUCUUUACAAAGGAUGACUUUAAUAGAAAAAAAAUUCAACAAAGAUGAUAACAAAUGUUCCGGUAUUUCUACUCUGAGGUCAGAUUUGGCAGAGGCAACAAUCUCACCUUCAACAGCAAAAGUGUCUGCUUUACAGUCAUUUGUCAAUACAUUUCUACCUCUCCCAGUCUUUCUGAGUAAUCCCAUAAGGCACACAAGUGCUGUAAUUACCCACCCAAUCUCAAAUAUCGACAAACCUCACCGAUUUGUGUACCAAUUUCCCACCGAGCUGAGAGUGGAGGCUGACAUCUUAAACGUCGCGGAUCCGAAUGAUAUUGCAAUUGAGAUCAUGUAUCCUGAUAAAACUUCUUCAGUUUUCUGGCCCACAGCGGAUGAAUUUAAACCUGUUACUCCUUACUGCUACAAGCUAAAUGCCUCCAUUGUGGUUAAAUUCGCUAUGUGGACAGAAACUGCGGUGGUGGAGAUUUCUGUGGUGCGUUCCUUUGAGCCUGAUUUACCUGGACUAGACGAGUAUAUCAUGAAAUAUCCAAACGCAAAGCCACGAAAGACAUCUAAUAACUUUAAUACUACGGCCACUACAUCAAUCAGUGAACCGAUAAAGUAUUCGCUUCACCCUACCAAACUGUGA